UGGGCAGGAAGAGCGCGUGAGUGCGCGUUGAGCGCUCAGCAGCGAGCAGCAUUGCACAAGAAGCGGCGGCGGCAGGACGAGGCGAGACGCGGCAUGUCAUGUUGGUAAUGCUGGGGCACUGUUUUCAUCGCCUCCCUUCCGCACGGUUCCCACAAAUCAUUAGCCGCUGCCUCCGGACUGGAUUGAGAUUUGCAAACGGAAAAGCAGCACCCUUCGCCAGUGGCAACUCCUCCGCUUGAAAGCGAAGCCGAGUGAAAAAAGGAGAGGCGAGGAAGAGAGCGGGGGGAGCGCGAGAGACGGAGAAAGGCAGGACUUGUUUCAGAAGCCAUGAGAGAAUACAAAGUAGUCGUGCUUGGAUCAGGCGGAGUGGGAAAAUCGGCUUUGACGGUCCAGUUCGUAACGGGGUCCUUUAUAGAAAAAUACGACCCCACUAUAGAGGAUUUUUACCGGAAGGAAAUUGAAGUGGACUCUUCGCCUUCGGUGCUGGAGAUUUUGGACACUGCAGGCACGGAACAGUUUGCCUCCAUGCGAGACUUGUACAUCAAAAAUGGACAGGGCUUUAUUUUGGUAUACAGUUUGGUGAACCAGCAAAGCUUCCAAGACAUCAAGCCCAUGCGGGAUCAGAUCAUCCGCGUGAAGCGGUACGAGCGGGUGCCUAUGAUCCUAGUGGGAAAUAAGGUAGAUUUGGAAGGGGAGCGGGAGGUGUCCUACGGGGAAGGCAAAGCCCUCGCUGACGAAUGGAAUUGCCCCUUUAUGGAAACUUCAGCCAAAAAUAAAGCUUCCGUGGACGAACUGUUCGCAGAAAUUGUCAGGCAGAUGAACUACGCCUCACAGCCAAACGGGGACGAUCAUUGCUGUUCGUCUUGUGUGAUCCUUUAAGAGGACACACACAAAAAAGUUUGGGCAAAAGGCGAGUUCAUGUGACUCAAAAUAGGAAACUACACAUUGGAAACUAACAGCAACUGCUCGGGACGUUACGGUGUAAUGCAUUGACUACGUGAUCAGUAUUUAAAAGGUGUCCUGCUGUCUUGCACACGUUUGAAAAAAUCCAAAAAAGUAAAGAAAACCGACAGAAUAGUGUUUACAUGGCAAAGUACUUGAAUGUUCUAGGAUUUUACCGUGACCAGUAGACACUUGAUACAUAUAUAUUUUGGGAAAGCGACCAAGUAUUUUAAAGCCUUCAAAUGAAGCGAUCAGCAAACGCACGUUGGUUGCGUUUUGGAUUCCUAGAGGUCUGUUACAAAGAUACAUCACCGAAGGAUGUGAAUUCUGCAUUUUUGUUUAUUUUUGUUGGUUAAAGGAAACUUGAAGACUUCUAGCUAGUCGUGUACGGAUGCGAUCCGUUCUUGGUGACCUCCACCCCCUCCCUGAUCAGGAGAUUCAUGUGUGAAUGUAAGGAGAAGUGUAGCACCGCCACAUAUACUGGACACCGUAAACUUGUGCGAUGUGGAGUGGCGGGGGGUGGGGGGUCGAGUACACCAAGAAAACAAAUUCUCCUCCAAUUUCAACUACUGCUUUCUUUAACUGGAACUGAUCUAACACUUAUGCGGCAACCGAGACCAUGUCCAGAGACGGGACAUCUCCGAAAAUAAUAAUGUUGAAGAGUAAAGGAAAUUGUUUUGUACCUGUUGCAAAGAAUAAUUUGGGGGUUAUUUAGGAAAUCAAGUGUUUAUGAGCCAAAAUAUCCUCGUGGGUUUUUAUUUUAGAAAAAAAGAGGGGCCUGGCCUCUUAUCUACCAGUGUUUUUAAUUUAAAAGCCUGAACAACAACCAUGUUGUGUGAUCUGGGGUCCAUGGACAGCCCCGUGUCUAGUGCCUUCCAAAAAUGACCUGUUCAAUUUAGUGCCAACCUGCAAAAUCCUCUGCACAAUUUCCAUCAUCUUGCAAUCCACUAAGUACUUAACUGUUUUACUUUGGUAAUCGCACAGUGAUGGAACAAAAGAUCCUUUUAUUAAGGAGCUAAUUUUUGUUUCCUUCCCUAGCCUUUAAAAUUGUUUCUAUGCCUAUCAAGGUGUGGCCUAAUUUUUAAUUUAAGAAAUUGUACAGGUACUGGGUUCCCCUGUCUACUCGACCCUUUUUUUCCCCCAGGCCAGCAGAUGUAAGAGCUAAGAAUUUUAACACAAUGUGAUAUACCAUUAAAAUUCUAACCCGAUUGUAAUUUUAAUUUCAGAUCAGCCUUUUAACUGCUGUCUGUUUGUUUUCAAAGACUUUUAAUACAAAUUGAUUUUUUUUAAAAACAA